AUGAAAGGCCCUAUUUUUACAGCACUCCCCUCUUUCCGUUCAAGUCAUUCCACAAACAGUAUGAAUAGUGGAAAUAAUAAUAAUAAGUUAAAUUGUAAUACUACUGUAGCUACUUCACGUUCGGGUAGUGAUGUGGAAAUAUCUGCUGCUGAUCCUUCUGUACUUGGUUUCGACCCUUCCCUCUACGUAAACGGAGUUGCCAACCAAAACGUCAAUUCCUCCCCUGUCCACGUUCUUAAAAGCAAUGGCACAAUUCCUAGCACAUCUGGGAACGAACAACAACAACAACCUAGACCUAGAGGUUUAGGACUUCUUCACUGUACUCUACAGCAUUUUCCUGUUCGGAAACGAUUACGUGUUAAUGUGCUUAAAAUUGAAGGUUUGGCCGGCGAUCUACGUCCUGACCUUGAAAUUCAACCCUUUUGUAAAUUAACGCUUACAUCCACAAAGAAACAACAAUCCCAACAACAACAAAGUGUUGUUAAAAGAGGGAGAGAUUCUGUUUUUAAUCAAGAAUUCUUCUUCGAUAAUUUCGCAACAGAAGAGAUUGAACUAAAACAAUUACAAAUUGAAGUAUGCCACAGCAGUAAUCAAAAAUUGCAAAGAGAUUUGGAUAUUGGGGAGGUUCGAAUUCCAUUGAGAGACUUAGCUCCACAACUACAAACAAAAAAGGAAGUGAGAAUUGUGGAAGAACUAAAGUUUUUUAUUGCUGCAAAGAAGUUGGGCAAGCUACACAUAACAACAUGCAUUGAAAAAGCCGACAGAAGAUUAACUAUAAAUUUAAUAAAAGUUGAAGACCUUCCAAAAUGGGGAAUUAUAGGAGCCCCCGACGUCCAAAUCCGUAUAAGAAUGCAACAGGCUAACGGCCCAGAAGUUGUAAAAUGUUCAAGAAUUAUUAAAAAUACAACAUCAGCAGUCUAUAAAGAAGCUGUAAUGUUUUUGGUUAGUACUAGAGAAGCUGAUUUGGCUAGAACUAAAAUUACAAUUUCUGUUCAUGAUUUGUCUCGCUCCGUUACCGGCAAUGAUACAAUCGGUUUUGUAUUUCUUGGAGAACUGGCUUCGGAUAAAUCGGAAGUGGAUCAAUGGAAAUCUACCAUGGACCAUUGGGGGAAAGAAUACAAAGCCGUCCAUACUCUAAAAUGCCCCUCAAGUAGGUGUCAACCAACUCUACAUGUAUUGGAUGUACAGGACGAAAAUGAUGUUAAGGAGAAUGAUGAUUAA